AUGGCUUCUGGGUUCAAACUCCUCCUGCUUCUUUUACUGCCUUUUGCUUCUGUUGCAAUAAAUAUAACUCUUGGAUGCUGGGAAGACGUCGCAGAAUUCCUUUCUGACCUGAAUGCAGAAGAACCCAAAGCUUACGCCGUAAAGAGUAAGUAGAAUUUUUUAAAAGUGUGCUUGCUUGAGUUUUCUUGGCCUGUUAAUUUAUUUGAAAUAGGUAUCUCCCACCUUCUAACUGGGAUUCUUGGUGUGGCUUAAAAAAGUAUUUCAAAUACGUAUAAUUAAAGCGGCAAUCAGGAUAUUAGCUGAGGUGGUUGUUGUCCAUUGGAAAGGUUAGAGUGAACAUCAGGAAGACCAACAGUAAUUGUAGCCAGAGCCAAUGACAGGCAGAACCAACUACCGUAUUUUUUGCUCUAUAAGACUCACUUUUUCCCUCCUAAAAGGUAAGGGAAAAUGUGUGUGCAUCUUAUGGAGCGAAUGCAGGCUACACAGCUAUCCCAGAAGCCAGAACAGCAAGAGGGAUUGCUUUCACUGCAUAGCGAUCCCUCUUGCUGUUCUGGCUUCUGAGAUUCAGAAUAUUUUUUUUCUUGUUUUCCUUCUCCAAAAACUAGGUGCGUCUUGUGAUCUGGUGCGUCUUAUAGAGCGAAAAAUACGGUAAUUUUUGUUUUGUCCUCCAAUCUUCCGGCUGAAUUCCACAAGUAAGCUACCAUCUCACCCCCCUUAGGAACACUUUGGCCCAGGCAGGAAUGCUUUCUGGGUUCCAAGGCAAAUUCUUAAAAGGGAAACAGAGAUAGCAUCCGGCUCAUCCGUCACUCUCCAGAAACCAACUCCCUCUCAUACAAAAAUGUAGCCUGGACCGAUGGGCUAGGUGCAUGCGGGGUUAGACUAACCCUGAGGCUCUGGCAAAAAUGCACUCAAGACUGCACCAGCCAAAUUUUAUGAUGUUUAUUAAUAAUAAAAAUGUAAGGAAGAAGACAAGCAGAAGAGGCAGAAUGUUGCUUCAAUAAAAUUUAAAAAAGGAACCUUUCAGUUUAAGUCUAUCCAAAUACACCUGCUUACAAACAGGCUUCUGGUCUACUCACGUGUAGCAGUCGUUGGAUGGGAUUUGUGGGACAGGGACCAUUUGGCCGCAGUCCAUUUUUAAGGGGUUUGGACCCAGGUGGGACUUGUCUGACAACAGACUAUGUCCUGCCAGUCACCAAUAAUGUCAUUUUAGGUAGACUGACACCUUUUGGAAGUUGGGGUUUGUGUGGCCAUCAUGGUCUUAAUUACCACCAGAAUUCUCAAUCUCUUUGCCAGAUGGAAGAAUUUUACUGGCGUUACUUUUUCUUUGCAGUUGGGUAAGAAUAAUCACCCAGGUGAUGCAUUUUCCUACACAACUAUUAACUAGGAUGGAAUAUCAGUGGUUGUCUCCAUCUCUCUGCCUGUGUAUUCAGGGAGAGGCAUAACUUCUUCCCUAAGGCAGAUGUAAGAAAUCAGGGCUCUUUGCUACACCCCCAGGCUAAUGCCAGCUUUGGGGAACCCAUCCUUAACUACCAUGUCCUAGGGUAUCAUAAUGCAAGUAUAAAUAACCAAAUUAGUAAAAAGUAGGACCGGGUGGCACUGUGGGUUAAACCACAGAGCCUGGGACUUGCCGAUCGGAAGGUCGGUGGUUCGAAUCCCCGCGACAGGGUGAGCUCCCGUUGCUCGGUCCCUGCUCCUGCCAACCUAGCAGUUCGAAAGCACGUCAAAGUGCAAGUAGAUAAAUAGGUACCGCUUCGGCGGGAAGGUAGAUGGCGUUUCCGUGUGCUGCUCUGGUUCGCCAGAAGCGGCUUAGUCAUGCUGGCCACAUGACCCGGAAGCUGUACACCGGUUCCCUCGGCCAGUAAAGCGAGAUGAGCGCCGCAACCCCAGAGUCGUCUGCGACUGGACCUAAUGGUCAGGGGUCCCUUUACCUUUACCUAGGACCAUUCCAACCAAAGCAUUCGGCAGAGUAGCGGUGGGUGCAGGCAGCUGAACCCUCUCAUUUCCCCCCAAAUGCCUCUGGCCCCCUUCCUUUAGUCGGUUUAUGGGUGGACCAUGAGUAGUUUGCCCGGCAUCCUUGCUUUGAUUUUACAGUGUACGAUUCUGUUGGGAAACCUGGCAGCAGUGUCCUUGGUGGGAAUGUGGACAGACUGGGAUCUUACACUGAAUGCAUUUCUGCUGAGGCACCUUCCGGAAGAUUCCGAGGGCAGUACUGCAAACUCCAAGUACAGCAGGUGUGUGACCUACUUUGGUUUGGCUGGUUCUUCAGCAAAAAAAGAGAGAGACUCCAUGUGAAGACAGAGGUAAAAUUGGUGAAGACAGAGGUAAUAUUCUAAGGUGAGGAUAAGUUACCUUGAGGAAUUUCAUAGGUGGAAAGUGUCCUGUCUCCUCCUCUCCGCAACCUGUACUCCUUAAAAACUGCUCUGGAAGGUUGGGGCACACGCUGACUAUUGUGGAAUGAAGUGGGGGGACUUCUAGGGGAGAGGGUAUAAUCCAAAAUUAGGCAGGAAUUCUAAAAUAAAUUAAGGAAGUUAACAGCAGUCAUUAUCUCUGCUGUUUGUUAGAGCUCUGCUAAAUUAAAAUCUUAAAUACCUGGUCUCAAAUGCCUACUCAUACGUGAGCAAAGCACUGCCUUCUAGGCUACAGGUUUAUUCUGAGGAUAAAAAGCUCAGGAUACAAAUGGAAUUCAUACCUAACUGGCAAGUCCUGUAACUUUUAAUAAUUAUACAGAAAGAAGGAUUUUUAGCAGGCUUUCCUCCUUUGACUUCAGCCCCUCAGACAGCUCAUUUUGAGUGUCAGGGAAGAGCAGCAAAUUGUUAGUUUUUUAAUUUACUGGGGUUGCAUUUUUACUGGCAGGGAGUGGGCAAGGGGCACCAUUUCUUAUUGCACCACAGGCAGCAAAAUGUCUUGGGCUGUACUUUUAAACCCCAGAGCAGAUCUGUAACUGUCCCCGGCUGCAUGGCAGCCAGGCCUCUGGUGAAUCUUCUUGUCCCGCUGAUGUGCAGAAUCUCAGUAUUUUUCAAGUUUUACCAGAAUGCCCUUGAAAUCAGUGCAUCUUGGGUAUCUACUCUGUUUGUCUACUUUUGCCAAUAUCUCUAUUUUCUCUUAAACCUAUUGCAACAAGAGAACUGAAAAGCAUUCUACUUCUUAGGACAGAAUUGAUUACUACAAUGGAUUAUGUGCCCCCAGUUCCUGCCACGAAGAAGAAAUUACGGCACUGGCCAUGCUAGGUAAAUUGACUGUGAUUUUGUUGCUUGUUGCUGUAUAACAUCUUGUAGGUGAAACUGAAGAUCCAAUGUGUGUGGAUUUAUGAAACGUGUCUUGAGUUCACACACCGUGUGUAAACCGUCACUCAUGCUUUUUAACAUGAGUUUUAUUAUUUGCAGAUUAAACAAAGAAAACAAAGGGGGGAAUUAUUAGAGAAAAUAAAGAAAAGGAAAUAAUAUAUGGAGAAUACUAAUAGUAACCAUGAGCCACCAUCCAUUCACACCACAGACACAUUAAUGUCAGUACAUGCAUCUGGUAAUUAAACAUAUAAGUUUGGAGAGAAACAAACCACGGGACUGCAUUCAGAUGACAUGGCAAGCCAAGGGUUAUGGUUUGCUGCUCCUAGCGCAACCCGAAGCAGAAUAGUGCAGACUUCGUGCACCAGCAUGAUGUUCAUAAACCAUAGUCAAACCUUGUUUGUGGUUUAACAUGACAUUACAAACAGGCUAGAGUGUGUACCUAGACGGAUCUACUUUUGCUCUCCCUCAAAGCUCCCGUGCUUACUAUCUAAAAAUAAAUAACACCCCAUUUCCACAGAUAACUGUCAGUUUACAUUUCUUAGUACAGAAUGUAUUGAUCGGAUGUGUAGAGAUCUUUCCUGUUCUGCUUAGUUCAAGAGGGUUCUGGAAGGUUUAUUUCUAUGUGAAAGAAACAAGCGGACGGUUUCUGGUGUUUGGGUUAUUCCUUCAGAGAAGCCGAGUACAGCUGGUUUAAACUGGUUCUGUUAUCUCUUCUGUCAGGGUCAUGUUGACUAUAUUAAUAGAAGGAGCCUGGGUUUACUUUCUCUUUCUAUCUCUUUCUUCUGGUGUGGUGUUCUGUAUGCUUAGUGUUAAGGUUUAGUCUUAUUAUAACUUCUUGUAAGUUUAAAAUAAGUCUAAGAUAAGCUGCAACUGCAUUUCUUAUGAACAGUGCCAAUCUUGAAUUUAUUGGAUUUGUGACCAUUAUGCUCAUUUCCCUUCAGUAGCAGCAGUGCUUUUUUCCUUAAAAAAAUGUUUAAGGGUACUCUCAUUUUCCUACUCAUAUUGAAAUACUGCCCCAAAAUGAGGCCAAACUUAGAUUCACAAAAUGUUUAGGGGUACGAGUACCCCUGCGUCCCCCCAUUAAAAAGCAGUAAGACUCUGCUGGAUGAAAUACAAUUGCCUCUGGUCUAUUUUUGGGGAAUCCGGCUAUGUGCUUAAGUCGUUACUCCUAUUUUUCUUCCUUCUCAUUUUUCAUUGGCCUCUUUGUUCUUUACAAAGAACAGGAAAAACAACAUUAUAAGUACUUUUGAAAGGGAGAAUGGAUACUUUUAUUUUUCUGAUUGCGCUGUAUGCUAGCCUUCCCCAUCCUGUCACCCUCCAACGGCUGAAGAACUCCAUAUCCCAUCGUCCCUGACCCUUGGCCAUGCUGACUGGGGUCCAACAACAUUUAGCAGACCUCAGGUUCUAAGACCUAGGUCACUGUUGGUCACCUGCAAUUUGGCCCUUAAACUGACCUCUCAUGGGCUUAUACCAACUCCUUUUCUUCCAUAUUUCUGCAAGGAAGCUGAAACAGCCAAGGGAAUUCAUGUGAGAGAUUCAUUUCCUAAGGCCACUAGAAGUUUAUAAUUUUUUGGAAAAUGUGCAUUAAAACCUUUGUGCCGAACAGAAACACUUUCUGGGACUUAAAAGAGCAAAUGUUUCCAUUUACUCCGUUGAACAAACUGGUAAAAAUUGUGAUCACAAAAGGCUCCAUUGUCCUGACCGUGAAAUUAUUAACUUAUUCUUCCUUUGACAGGUGUAUUUAAAUUCAAGACCAUCUCUUUCCUAUUGCCUUUUCCAUCUCUGUUCGCUGUGAAUUCAACGGCCUCGUUCCCGACUGUGGCCAGAUGCGCUAAGAACCUUUUCCCUAUUGAUGUGUUUGUAGCGGUUUGUUUGUAAGUACUGAGGGCGGACGUCUCAGCCCAGCCGUGAAACUGACCCUGAAGACCGUGCCUCUCAGGAGCGAGAGUCACUCUGCAGUAAUGAACUUCUAUUUCCCUUCCAGGUUCGUUAGCGUUUCCUUCAUCAUCUUGCCAAUCAUCGGAACCAUUUACACCGCUGAUGUAUGGGAGAAGGCUAAGCGCAAUGAAUUGCCAUCGGAUGGUUUGCCUCCUGCAAAUUACGGGAGCACAUGUUUCGUUGCAAGAGAUGCAAGCGAAUCAAAAGCAGAGAGGAAACAUAGUCAUGAACCUGCAUCAGCAGCACUGGCCGCAUUUGAUGGUUCAAAGCAAAGUAAGCAUUGCAAUAUUAUUAAUGGUGAUUUUGGUAAUUAUUUUUAUGGCACCUACUGUGAGCAGGAAGCAUCACAGAGUGCGGGGCGUGGGGAGGGCAGGUCUCCGUCCUGAGGAGAUUACAAUCUAUUUUGAGAUAGUAGGAAAGGCAACAGAGGGAAUCGAGGACAAGGAGGUGGGAGAAAGCCAGCCCUGAAAUCUUCAACUCCCACAGGGUUCAUUUGGGUUCAGGUUCAGGAUAAUUUUAGGAGGAUUAAAAAUUCUGUGUCAGGUUUCUAUGUGGCAAUCUAUCCAAAACGAAUUUUGAAAGGUAUUGAGUUGUAUUCCCUGUAGCACCAAGGAACCAUCUCCAUCUCUCCUCCACUCGCACCCCUCCCCCAAAUCUGUUCUGAGUUUCUCCCCCCAACCCUCCGGAGCAGAGAAGAGGGAAGUCCUGUGGGGCUAGCAAUAAUCUUUGCACAGGCUUCCCCUUUGCAAAUGGAUGUGACUCCAACUGCAGCCUAUGAAGCUGGAAGAAAAGCACUGUUGUUUGUUUUGGAAGCUGUUUGUCCAUUAAUUAUCCCCCAUCAUCUGCCAGUCUUAAAAUGCGAUCCCAUGCAUGUCUACUCAGAAGUAAGCCCCAUUGAGUUAAGUGCGUACAUGCUGUCGAAAAAGAACUAUUUCUUCACUCUACAUGGCAGAACACGUAUAAUCUACAUGGUAUAAUGAAUUAAUUUCUGCUGCUUUAAUAUUCUUAGGUACCUUGGACUGUGUUCUGAAGUGUUUUUCCUUGCAAAACCAUCUCCCAGCCAUUUGGCUGAUGAAACCCUGUAAAGAAGUCUCCUUGUCUCUAAAUGGUAUCAGAGCGCUGAGUCUCUUGUGGGUAAUUUCUGGGCAUACAAGUCAAAUGACAGCGUGGCAGAAUUUAGGUAUGAGCUGAAGCUACAAAGGCAGAUAUAUUCCUGUUUUAAAGGAAACACAGUGUUCUCUAAAUGAACUCACUACUCAUUUUAACUGCUGUUUUAUUCCAUAUUUGACAUUCGGGAUUGCAGUUCAUGGGCUGCGACUUGCUGCUAAAUAGCCCAGGCUUUGGGUUUUUUUCUUUUUUUUGACAGGGCGAUCAGUUAUGUAGAGGCAAUGAGAUUUGUUCAAUAGAGAGUUGUAAAGAACAACGAGAGUCCUCACUUGAUAUAUCUCAUUCAGCGCAUUUCACAUCUUUCCUGGGUCCUUUAAGAAUGAUUAUAGAGAGGCUGAGCUGCUGUUUGAACUGGAAAGGACCUUUUCAGUGACCAAACCAAAACUUUGUGAUUCUCUGCUUCAGAGAGAAGAAUCUGAUGUUCUUCCCCCACACUGUGGAAGACCUGUUUGCGUCUGAAGUUUGGUUGAUAGGAUUUCACAGCUUUCCUCUAUUUCUCUCUGUGUGUUUCUCUUCUUCCCUCGUGUGUGUGUGUGUGUAAUUUCAGAGGCAGGAAACCUGUGGCUCUCCAGAUGUUGCUGAACUCCAACUCCCAUAAUUCCCAUCCACUGAAGCUGUUAGCCAGGGCUGAUGGGAACUGGAGUACAACAAUAUCUGGAAGGCCGUGAAUUCUCCUCACCUCUGAGAUAUAGUGUGUUUCUUUGUCUUUCUUCGCUGCCUUGGACAUUUUGGAAAUGUGAGAUAUAGAUGCUGUAAAUCAAUAAAAUUUGGAAGCGUUUCCUGAACAUACAUUCUGUAAAAGAAGGAUUAAGGACACAGCAGUUAAGAACUUAGACAAGUACUUCAUUGUCUAUCUUGAACAAGAACAAAUCAACAACAGGACACUGCUGACUCAGUGUCCCAGAUAUAACUAAAUCUAGUUCCAUCUAGUGACACCAGACACAUGCCAAUUUUCAUUCCAGCACCUCAGCCUUCAAGGAGGACAAUCACACUACAGUGUGUUUUGUUUCGUUUCUUCCUCGCCUUUGAAUGGGCACAGGAGGUUGUGUGAUUGUUUUCUGGGUUGCCCCAAUUUCAAUACAAUAUUUCAAUCUUCAAGACAGGCACACACACUCAUCCCUUUUAGCUGGAGAGGAGCGGCAGUUCUAACAUUUCAAAACAUCCUCUGUCUAACAAAUAGUUCCUGUAAGCUUCCAAGAGACAUGAAAACAUCAGUAGGGCACUGUAUUUGCAAAGUGUAGCCUAACAUAAAGUAUGAAUGCCAUAGCCUGAACAUUCAAAGACCCAUUAUUUGAACUGCUAAUAUUUGUAAGCUGCUUUGGAAAUGUAUUAAGUGAGAGGAAGGGAACUUAUUUUUUUAAAAAACAUAGACACAAUUGGACCUGAUUUGUUCCAUGUUUCUCUUCGUUUGCAGAGAUAUGCUGGAGUUAAGUAGAUUUCCAAAUAUCUCCUGACUGUUUAUCUCUCUCUCUCUCUCUCUUUCUUAUAUGUUACCACAGAUAAUGAGUUGGAAUGGGAAGCUAAAGUGCUUAAAAACCCUCUUUACAUAUUUUCUCUAAGUGGACCAUUUUAUUUAGGCGUUGACACAUUUUUUCUCAUCAGGUAAGUCAGAUGUUAGGGGAUGCGGGUGGCGCUGUGGUCUAAACCACAGAGCCUAGGGCUUGCCGGUCAGAAAGUCAGCAGUUCGAAUCCUCACAACAGGGUGACCUCCCGUUGUUCGGUCCCAGCUCCUGCCCACCAAGCAGUUUGAAUGCAUGUCAAGUGCAAGUAGAGCAAUAGGUACUGCUCCGGCGGGAAGGUAAACGGUGUUUCCGUGCGCUGCUCUGGUUCGCCAGAAGUGGCUUAGUCAUGCUGGCCACAUGACCCGGAAGCUGUCUGCAGAGAAACGCUGGCUCUCUCGGCCUAUAGAGCGAGAUGAGCGCCGCAACCCCAGAGUCGUCCGCAACUGGACCUAACGGUCAGGGGUACCUUUACCUUUACCUUUAAGUCAGAUGUUAUUAGACUUUUUCUCCCUCUAUUAUUAUUUUUAAAUAAAUAAAUAAAUAACCAUCUAACAUCUCAUGGUAGUGAACCUUGCAAGUCUAUAAAGAUGGAACAUGAGAAUUAUUCCCUGGUAAUUAUUUGAAGAAGCAUUGGACAACAACAGGUGUUUUAUUCAUGCAGGAUCUGUAGGACAAUAGAUCCUGCUGGUAGUCCAUGCUGCCUGCCUCUGCUGCUCACCUACUUGACCCGCCCUGUCCCUGGGGGAGAAGGCGCAUGGCGGCAACAGAGGCCAACAAGCCGAGGGCAGACUCCAUGGAGGGAGGCCAGAUCUGCUACCCCUUCCAUCUAUCCGGAGCCUGCUGCCCUGAGGCAACUGCCUCACCUUGCCCCAUGGGUUUACACCUUGCCCCUAUGGGAUCCCUUGCCAUAGGGAUCACAUGGACUGCUGGUGAGCUCAGACAGCCAGGAUUGGGUGGGAUCCCUGGUUGUUUGAACUGGCGCCUUCACCACCAACUGCUGUGAUCACACAAACUGCGACCCCUCCUUGUCUGUUUCAUGAUGUCUGAGGACAUAAAUUUUUCAACAGGAUUUUGAGUCAGUUGCUUAUUACGUUGUGAUGUCUACUAUGUUUUUUUUCUUCAUUCCGGCUAUUUAGUUUUGGGUAUUACAACAUUGUAACGCUGUGUGUUUUCCUGUAUUACUGCCUUUGAGUUUAUUUUUAAUUUGGGGGGGCUUGUUUUUGUUUGUCACUUUGAAUACCUCUGUUUGGAAAGGAAACUGAAGGGCAGGCAUUUUAGAACGGGCAAUUAAACCUCCGUUCUUUUUCUCCUCAGUGGCUUUUUGAGCUGCCAGUCCUUUUUGAACAUGUUGAAUCUCUCUGAAAAACGGAUCACCUUUCGCCUCACAGUGAAGUACCUGUGGCGCCGAUUUUUCCGGUAACCGUUUGUGAGGGUUUGAUCCAUUCAGCAAAAUGGGCACGAAGAAAGUCAUUUGUCAUUAGCCUUGCUGGUACCUGAGGUGAAAUUUGCCUCUGCUAUUUAAGAGUUUGAGGGAGUUGUGGGUAUAUUAGCAUAUUAAUAGCCUGGGACAGUGGUGGGGAACAUUCCUCAUCCUGAGGGCCCCAUUUCCAAGGGUCACAGGGUGGAGCCAGAGGCAAAUAUGGGUGCAGCAAUGCGUGUGACUCUUUCCUUUGUGCAGUAUGAUACAUUCCAGCUAUGCAGAAGUCAGCAGGGGUUUUUUUAAAAAAACUAAUAAAUAAAUAAAUAAAUAAAUUAUUAUUUAUACCCCGCCCAUCUGGCUGGGCUUCCCCAGGCACUCUGGGCGGCUUCCAACAAAAUAUUAAAAUACAGUAAUGCAUCAAACAUUAAAAGCUUCCCUAAACAGGGCUACCUUCAGAUAGUCUUCUAAAAGUCUGGUAGUUGUUUUUCGCUUUGACAUCUGGUGGGAUGGCGUUCCACAGGGCAGGUGCCACUACAGAGAAGGCCCUCUGCCUGGUUCCCUGUAACUUGGCUUCUUGCAGUGAAGGAACCGCCAGAAGGCCCUCGGCACUGGACCUCAGUGUCCGGGUUGGACAAUGGGGGUGGAGACGCUCCUUCAGAUAUACUGGGCCGAGGCCAUGCACAUGCUUGCAUGCAACUCUCCAUCAUGGCACAUAACAGACUUAAUCACAGUUUAAGGACACAUUCUAACUAGGCAAAUUGAGUUGGGCUGGUAAAUGAGCCAGUCCUGGGAAGAGAGGGAGAGACCCAAGGGCCAUAUAGAGAGGCCUGGUGGGCAUUUGGCGCCUGGGCCUGAAGCCUCUACCGUUGUCCAAAGAUAGCACAUGUGACACCCUACAGAUAUUGUUGGGCCAGAACUCCCAUCAGCCAAUGGUUGGGGGUGAUGGAAGUUGCAAUUCUAGUGGAAGGCAUGACGUUGGAUAACCGUGUCUUAAACACUGAACUUAAAAAACAUUGAAUUUUCCAGCAGCAACGUAACAUUCGCCUGAGAAGGGAAGCUAGAUUAAUGGUUUAAAUGGAACAGUUCAGCUGCGAAGUAUGUUUUUUUCACUAGGCCUGGCAUAGCUCAGUCAGUAGAGCAUGAGACUCCUAAUCUCAGGGUUUUGGGUUCAAGUUCCAUGUUGGGCAAAAAGAUUCCUGCAUUGCAGGGGGUUGGACUAGAUGACCCUCACGGUCCCUUCCAAUUCUACAAUUAUAUGAUUCUAUGAUUCCCAGGAAGUCUAAAUGCAAGAAAGAUCCUUCCUUCCUUCCUUUCUUUCUUUCUUUCUUCCUUCCUUCCUUCCUUCCUUCCUUCCUCUCUCUCUCUCCCCCUCCCCCCCUCUUUUAAAAGAGAGACAUACAGUGGUGCCUUGGUUCUCAAACGCCUUGGUACUCAAACAACUUGGAACCCAAACACUGCAAACUUGGAAGUAAGUGUUCCAGUUUGGGAACUUUUUUCAAAAGCCGAACGUGCUCUGUUUUGAGUGCCACACUUCCGUUUUGGGUGUUACACUGAGGUCUGCCUGUUUUUGCUAUUUAUUUUGUAUUUCUGUUUUUGCGGCUUUUUGGUUGUGUUUUUGUGACUGUGUGGAACCCAGUUCAGCUACUGAUUGAUUGAUUCUGUGACUGCAGUACAUUGUUUAUUGCUUUCAAGUGCUGUUUUGGGGGUUGUUUUUAAAAGUCUGGAACUGAUUCAUCCAUUUUGCAUUGCAUUCUAUGGGAAAGUGCACCUUGGUUUUGGAACGCUUUGGUUUUGGAACGGACUUCCGGAACGGAUUAAGUUUGAGAACUGAGGUACCACUGUACUAUUAAUUACUCCCGUUUGCUAUUGAGCUGGGCUUGCAAAGGAAUGCAGGGAUGAAGUUUAAGGGAAGAGAGUCUGCUUUGCAAAUGCAAUCAGGUUUGAAUUUCUUUAACAACGUGAUGAAAAUUGUGUGCCUGCAUGCAACCCGACCACUUCUGCUCUUGUGUUUGUAGGCUUCAGCCACUCCAUAUAUAUUCCUUGUGCCUUUUAAUCGGUUUCUACUCUGUCGCUCCUUGGGGGACAUUUUGGGAGCUCUCGAAACUCGAGGUUGAUAACUGUAGAAGAACGUGGUGGGCCAACCUACUGCUGAUCAACAACUUUAUCGCUGGGCAAGAGUCAGUAAGUCUGUACGAUGGAAUAUUUAUUGGGGCAUUGUGUCAUAAUAUAUAUUUUAAAUAAUAUGUAUUAAAAGUAUACAUUUGUCUUCCCAUUCCCACCCCGUUUUCAGUGUAACGGAUGGACGUGGUACCUUGCAAAUGAUUUCCAGUUUUAUUUCACAACACCUCUGCUGGUCUAUAUUUCCAUGAGGUGAGUAUUUCUUCGGCAAUGGACAUCCACCAUGAGGUUUCCUCGUAAUUUAUUUAUUUGAUUUAUUUCAUUUCUAUUCCGCUUUGUAUUUUCAAGGAAAAAACCUCAAAGUGGUAUACAGCAUAUUAAAACAUCAACAAAACAAUCCAGAAUCAAACAUUUCUGAAGAUAGUCAGAUAUAGAGUAUACAGUCAAAGCAACAUAAUUAACAGAAAACUAAAAUAUUAUCUUAAAGAUUUCAAAAUAAAACAUUGCAAGGGAAGUCAACUACAGAAUACGUAUUUAACACAAACAAAGUUAACAAAAAAUCAUUUCAAAGAAAAAAACACCAUUGCUAAGUGAAGUCAAAUAUAAAUAGCACAUUUAAAACAGGGUGUGGGGGAAGGAAGAAUGGCAGUUUCCAGAAAAGCCUGCCCAGCCUUCUGCUGUUGCUGCCACCAGAGGGAUCUAAGACCCCUCCACGUCACAUGGGAGGCACAGAUCAGAGUCCUGUUCAUCUGAGCCUCUUGGGCUUGCCGAUCAGAAGGUUAGUGGUUCGAAUCCCCGCGACGGGGUGAGCUCCCAUUGCUCUGUCCCAGCUCCUGCCAACCUAGCAGUUCGAAAGCACACCAGUGCAAGUAGAUAAAUAGGUACUGCUGUGGCGGGAAGGUAAACAGCGUUUCCGUGCGCUCUGGUUUCUGUCACGGUGUUCUGUUGCGCCAGAAGCGGUUUAGUCAUGCUGUCCACAUGACCCGGAAAGCUGUCUGUGGAGAAACGCCAGCUCCCUCAACCUGAAAGCAAGAUGAGUUCCGCAACCCCAUAGUUGCCUUUGACUGGACUUAACCAUCCAGGGGUCCUUUACCUUAUCUUUUAGCAUCCGUAUCUCCGUGAAUUUGUUUUAGAACAUGAGAAAACUGUACCAAAUGGGACCCAUUUGGUCUGUUGCUCUGUUUCUUCCAAACUGAAUGCAUGCCUGUGGGUAAUUAGAGUGUCAAUUAUUAUUCUUCCCCUUGGAAAACUACUAUUACUUCAGUUAUAACAGUGAAAUACAUGCCCUCUCAAGCAACCCUUUGAAUAUAAAGGUUAGAGAUUUUUGAUAUUACGUGUUUUAUCAUUUAAAUGAAUAAUGUGACGUCCCCCCCCCCAAAAAGGCCCCAUCUGUUUAUAUUUCUAUUUUUGCUUAUAUUUCUAUUGUUUUGGCAGGAGCAAGCAGGGAAUUAUAAUUCUGGGGACUUUGCUGUUCCUGAUGACUUUUACAGUGACAGCCCUGCUGUCAUCGUUCUACAGGCUUCCUGUUGCAAAUCCUCGAGAUAUGAGGUAAGGUUCUGGAAACUUCCCCCUUCAAUAAUAGGUCACAAUAUUAUGCUGGGAGAGAUCCAAAGCGCAGUCAGGAAUCUAAUUAAUCAAGAGAAAGUAACCCUCUGCAUGUUAUGGGGUAUGUCAGAGGUUCUUGAAUUUUGGGAAACAGAAGUUGGAAUGGCACCCUGAGAAGAAAAUUGCCCUUAAUGGAGAUGUCAUCUGACUGACUCACUUCAUCUGCCUAAUGUGUUUUUCUCCCAUCCGAUUUUAAAAAAAGGCAGAACCUGUGAAUUUUGAGAAGCAAAUAAACAGGUGGUGCUAUCACACUUCCUUUCAGAGCAGAACACUUGGGUUAUGCCACGUUUGUUAACAGCAGCAACAUUCAGACUUGGUUCUCAUAUAUUUUACCUCAGGAGAAUCGUUCCAUCAGAGUCAUCUGCCAAAUGUUUUUAGUUAGGAAUAGUUAUCGGUUAAUGCUCUUUCUCUCCCUUCAGGCCUUCCAUAUAAUCUUUUUAUAACCCGUUUCCAAUAUGCUUGCAGGAAAACGGCCACCGUGAUGUAUUUCGCAGAGUAUUACUCAAAACCUUACUGCCGAUACGGUCCAUUUCUAGUCGGCAUUCUUCUUGGGUUGUACAUGAACCAGCAGCAAACCCCAGUCCUAAGGAGCAAGGUAAAUGGGGGGGGGGGGCGUAUUUAACAAACAUUUGGCAUCCUAUCUGCACAACAAAAUGUGUAUUGAUUUUAAACCAUUUUAACUGCAGUGGCGUCCUCCAAAGAAAUCUGGGACAGGUUUGGUGAGGUUUGUGUCGUAUUCCAAUAUGACCAACAGCGCCAUUCAGAAUAUCUGGAACUCUGGAUCUCUCCUGAGAAUGCAUUUGUUGUUGUUUCAUUUCUGAUCCUUUCCCCAAGUUUAACACCCCCACCCCUUUUUUUAAUUUACAACAACCGGCUGGUCUGAACUGGCUAGCUCUUUUGUCAAAAGGUGGGACCAUCCUCCUGAGCAAUUUCUGAUUGGCUGUCUCAACAGCCAUGUUGGAGAUGAAGCUUCUUUCACCAUUGGCUCAAACUCCACUCCAUCUGAGAAGGGAGACUGGCUUCAGUUGGUCUCAGAUCCCCCCAAAUAUGUGGGGUAUCACCCCAAUCCCUCCUUUCCUUUGGAACCAUGUGUAUUGGGGGACCAAAGAUGCUCUGCAAGAGAGUAAUACCCUCUCAAACUAUCUUGUCCUGCAAGGAAUUCUGUGCAUGCUCUGAAAUGCCAUCCACUCAGAGUUGAUGGUGGAGAUGUGUGAUUUUCUUUCUUUCUUUCUUUCUUUCUUUCUUUCUUUCUUUCUUUCUUUCUUUCUUUCUUUCUUUCUUUCCUCUGCUUUCUCGUAACCCCCUUUUCCUUCUAAAGUUCAUUGGUCUUAAAAGGAUAUUUCUCUGGAAGAUCUUCCUUGUACGUUAGAUUCACUGUUAUUAAGGUAUCCCUUGUGCUCUGAGGGUAGUUCAUAAGGCUCUGAAAGAUUUUGUAUCCUCUGGGCUUUGGAAGAGCCAAUCUAAACCUCCUUACUGGCAGAUUGACAGGGCCAACAGCUGGGCGAUAAUGCCAUCCACUGUAAUGCAAUUGGAUGAUGUGCUGUGUGUGUCAUGCUAUCCACACUUUUCUUUUAGAAGGCAGAAAGGUAUCACUAAGACUUGAUCCCCAUAAUGGGGGCUCCUUCCAGUAGGAGGAAUAAAAAAUAAAAACAAGCAGGAACUGCAACAAAAACGUUGCAGUGCAGAGUGCUCCUGUUCAGGGUUCCAGCAGCCAAUCAUGCUCUCUUCCAAGAUACGCCAUUCCUCCUCUCCCCAAUGUUCUAUCCUCUCCCAAAAGUUGGUUCGUAUUCUGUUCCCUGUCUUUGAUUCCCUGCCUUCACAGGCAGAAAUACAAAUUGAAGUGUUUUUUUCUUUUUUUAAAAAAGUAUACUUCCACAAACCUUGGGGUCCCUCCAGACUGACUGGUAUUUCCCUUCCUGUGCCUUGAUGGAUCCAUGCUCAAGGAAUUAAUUUUGCUAUUACAAUAUAUGAUGAAACCAAGAAGGGACGAGUCCAUUUUGCACAAGCAACAUCAGUCUACUGCUGUGAGCCUUUGAUGAAGGGUUCCGGGGGCACUGCUUGUUGGCCUGACAAAUAAGGGAGCCCCUUUGAUUCCAAAUAUUCAAGCCACCUGGAAGUGCUGUGCAAAAUAUUACCACUGGGGCAAGUGUUGCCUUGAAGUGAUCCCACUGCAACCUGGAGAGAGAGAGUGAAAGCAGCCUUGAUCUGACAAGGAGAGAAGUUGGCACGUUUCAUGGCACACAAUAAAUGGGGAAGGUUUUGGCAAGGGGAGCAGCAGCCUCGAGAGGAGAGCAAGAUGCAGUUGCAGCAUCUAAGGGAGACUUUGUAGUUAAAAUGAACACCAUAAAAACACGAGGGACCCACAGUCUUUAGAACAGCCAUGUCAUAUUCCAGUUUUGAGUGGAGCUGCCUUGCUGGGUGAGAAGUGCUUGUCUCCUCUCCCUUUUGUGUCCUGCACGCCACUUCCCCAGAAAUAAAUUUGUAACCUGUGGUUAUUAUGCAGGGCCCAGGGAACGUCCUUGGUUUUCCUAUUCACCCAGGUAUUUGGUGGCUGAAAUAUUCUGUUCCUGACAACCUUGAAAUUACAGUGGUGCCCCGCAAGACGAAUGCCUCGCAAGACGGAAAACCCGCUAGACGAAAGGGUUUUCCGUUUUUGAGUUGCUUCGCAGGACGAAUUUCCCUAUGGGCUUGCUUCGCAAGACGAAAAUGUCUUGCGAGUCUUGAGUUUUUUUUUCCGCUUCCCCCCCUUUUUCUAAGCCGCUAAGCCGCUAAUAGCCUUUUAGCAGCUAAGCUGAUAAGCCGAUAAGCCUUUAAUAGCCGCUAAACCGCUAAUAGCGCUAAUCCGCUAAUAGGGUUGCUUCGCAAGACGAAAAAACCGCUAGACGAAGACACUCGCGGAACGGAUUAAUUUCGUCUUGCGAGGCACCACUGUACUCCAUUGUGAGGAUUUGUGACUGUUUCAAGAUGUUGUUGUUGUUGUUAAAAUUUUGUCUUUGCAAUUUUGUUGUUUGUUGUCUUAGGGAGGGAGGCUGGGAUAAUAGUAAUUCUUAUUAUUUAUUAUUUAUGAAGGAAGAAGCUAAAUUUAUUUUGAUUUUGGGUAAUGCAUGCAUAUAUCAUAGUAAGCAUAAUUUGAGAAGAGGAAUUCCCUCCUAUGAGAGAGAAGUGUCUUUCAUCUGCUGUUUUUUAGAAGUUCUUUAAUUAAAAUAAGCACUUUUUACAAAUCUCCUCUACAUUGGUUGGUUUAUUUUGCUCAAUUAAUCUAAUUGGUUAUGAUGCAUUAAAGACAGGGUUCUGGAAGCUUCUCUGUGUGAAAGAAACAAGCAAAAGGUUCAUGAUGUUUGGGUUAUUCCUUCCGAGAAGCUGAGUACAGCUGGCUUAAACUUAAUACUGUUAUCUCUUCUGUCAGGGUCAUGCUGACUAUAAAAGUAGGGCCAGAAGGAGCCUGGGUUUCAUUUUCUCUUUCUAUCUCCUUUCCUUCUGGUGUUGUCUUCUGUAUAUAGUGUUUAGACUUAUUGUAAGUUUAAGUUAAGUCUGCUGCAACUGGAUUUCUUAUGGACAGGGCCAAUCCUGAACAUAUUGGAUUUGUGACCAUUAUGCUCAUUUGCCUUCAGAAGCAGUAAAGCUCUGCUGGAUGAAAUUGCCUCUGGUCUAUUUUUUGGGAAUCCUGCAACGUGUUUAAGUUUUUACUCCGCUAACUAUGCAUUGGAAUCUACUCUGGAUCAAUAUUGAGUAGAGUUUCAGUGACAAAACAUCCAUUCAGAGGAGCAUGGAAAGAGACCACCAGCAAGGCAUUGUAACAGCUGACAGAGGCAGCGCUGGAUUUAGGGCAGUGCAUGCAAUUGCCCCGCACAGGGCACUGAGCUGAGGGGGCGUAAAAUAAUGAUGAUGAUGAUGAUGAUGAUGAUGUUACCAAAGUCUGUCCAUGACAGAAGAGACAGGAAGAGAAGGCCUGAACAUUCCAUUGAAAGAGAAGCAAAGUCGCUUUCCCCAAAACGACCAGAGUCAGGUGGAAUUAUCCUAAUGAACUAAGAUGCAAUCAAAUGUCUCAUUCUCAUGUUUCCGCAGGUGCAGGCUUCCAUCGGAUGGCUUUCUGCAAUGUUUUCCAUGUUUAUGGUAGUUGCUUUGGCCUAUACAUUACAAGACCCCCUCGACUACUCACCUGCCACAGCCAUUUACCAAGCUACUCACCGGACGGUGUGGGCUAUCGCUGUGGGGUGGAUAAUUUUUGCGUGUGAGGAAGGCUAUGGAGGUACUCUACAGAGAAGGAAUGGGGAACCUCACGCCCGGGCAGUGGGGCAAAUGUCACCCUCAGAGCCUCCUCAUCGGGCCUCAGGAGUGGGGAUUUGAACCUUGGUCUCCCAGGUCCCGAUCCAGUACUCUAACCACUACACCACAACUGGGUCUUUAAUAGUUUGUUAUUUGCUGUGGUCUAAACCACAGAGCCUAGGGCUUGCUGAUCAGAAGGUUGGCGGUUCGAAUCCCUGCGACGGGGUGAGCUCCCGUUGCUCAGUCCCUGCUCCUGCCAACCUAGCAUUUCGAAAGCACAUCAAAGUGCAAGUAGAUAAAUGGGUAUGGCUCCGGCGGGAAAGUAAACGUCGUUUCUGUGCGUUGCUCUAGUUCGCCAGAAGCGGCUUAGUCAUGCUGGCCACAUGAGCCGGAAGCUGUCUGCGGACAAACACCGGCUCCCUCGGCCUAUAGAGUGAGAUGAGCGCUGCAACCCCAGAGUCAUCCAUGACUGGACCUAACGGUCAGGGGUACCUUUACCUUUUAGGUAUCAUCAAUUGGAUGCUUUCAUGGGGCUUCUGGUCGGUGGUUGCCAAAAUCAGCUACGCCUGCUACUUGGUCCACCCAAUGUUGAUUUUGUUGUAUAAUGGACUUCAAGAAACGUCCAUGCACUACUCGGACAUGAAUAUGGUGAGUGAUUAAGGAUAGAUGGAUCUGUCAGUUUUGGUUCUCUUCAGGAUCUCGAUUUUCCAAAUUUUCAAUUCAAUUCCUUGCAUUUCUGCAGCAAUUUGAAUUUUGUGUGUGUGUUUAAACUCCUCUUGAAAAUUUGUCAGCCUUUUAGUGCAAAUUUCACAUUUUUGUGUGAAGUUUUGCAAACACACACAUUCUUUCAAAGCGUUUUCCAUAAUCUAGUACACUUUGGUAUGUUAUUUUCACUAAUAUAUACACUUUUAUGCACACUUACCCUAGUAUGGUUUUUUUUUUGGGGGGGGUGAGCACAUUACUUGGCAGCAGAACUGUAUUAUGAUCAGAGAAAAAAACCAAAGCUCUGUCUCUCCCAUAGCUUGCAUUAGCCUUCCAGCCUAAGGCUAUGUAGCUCCUGGUGAGGCUUCAUUAUCACAUCUUUCUCUGGCUGUGCCUGGGAACAAAAGACUAAGAGGCAACUCCUUUUCAAAAUGGAGAUUUAAAAUUGAAUACCUUAAUCACAUGAUCUAAGGCUCAGUUUUCAUAUUUCAAAUCUGGAAACAAAACUUAUUGACCUUUUUUUGGAAAAAAAACCUCCACAAUUGAAGGUUUGUGAACUAUUUUUCUAUGAAAGUCAUCAAAAUAACCACACUUCCGACAUGGGUUGCCAUACGCCUGGGUUUCCCCGUACAUUUAAUAAAUUUUUGGAAAUUCCACCCAGACCCAAUUUCCGAAGUACGAAUCCUGGAUAUGCCUUGGGAAUUCUGGACGUAUGACAGCCCUAUCUAAGGUUAAACACUCACGUGAGAGCUAGCAGAGAACACCAGUUGAUUAAUUAUCAACCUGUUAAAGCUCAGCGAGCUUCAGUACGCCUCAGUGGCAUGUCCCAAUGUUAAACCCUUUCGGCAAUAUGCAUACAGCCAUUCUCCAUUUCAGUGUGCAGUUGAACAAUUAUGCUUAAUAGAUCUGCCCUUAUUUCCGUUUGCACUUAUCUUUUUAGUUCUAUCUGUUCCUUGGACACUGCCUGAUGACAUUCAUGGUUGGGCUGGCAUUGACGGUGAUGGUUGAGAUGCCUCUGCAAGCGUUAAGGCGGGCUGUGCAACGACAAGUGGUUCAGCUGUGAAGGAGGAAGCAGGAAAGGUGUGAUGUCUUUAACCCCCCCCCCACCAUACCCAUUCCCUUUGAAGAAGAG